AUGACAGAGGAGAAGGAACACGGUCGUGGGAAUAAGAGGGAAAAGCACCACAAACAUCACCACCAUAAGAGCCAUAGAGACAAGACAGCUGGGGUUUCCGGGGCGGCGACGUCGGCUUCGGCGGUGGCAACAGAGGAGGAGGAAGACUGGGAUGCCAACCGUGAGCGCAUUGAACAGCUUUGCCAGAUGUACCUCAACAAUGUUUGCAACGAUUGCAACAGCAAUGGGACGCGCUGGGCUUCUGUGAACCACGGCGUCUUUGUGUGCAUUCGAUGCUCCGGUAUUCACCGCUCACUAGGCGUCCAUGUGUCAAAAAUUAAGUCCACAAAUAUGGACAAGUGGCAUGCAGCAGAGGUUAGUUUGAUGGAAGCCAUCGGCAAUAGAAAGGGCAAAUCACUCUACGAGGCGCGCCUCCCAAAAGGGAUGAAACCGAUGACGGGUUCGGAGUCUGAAAUAACACUGAAAACGUUUAUUCAGCAGAAAUAUCAGGAGCAUGCCUUUGCGGUGGAGAACGUGAACGAAGUGCUGCGGCAGUACUAUAAACAGACGCGCUACGGAAAGAAGCCAAAGAAGGUCGCCAACAAGAAGCACCAUCACGACGAAGGAGAAAACGAGGGCGGAAAUAGUACACAGCGCGAGGAUACGAUGAAGCAGCUGUAUGGUGUUAACGCGGAGGCCAUAUCGAAGAAGUCAAGGAAGGUAAAGCCCAUCCACGGGACGUUCGGCGUCGUCAACGUCCCGGUUGAUGAAUACGAGGCGCGGCGGCGAGACCUUCUGGCGCAUUUUCACGCUGUGGAGCCGUCCACCGCCGUUGACGCCAACUGA